UUGGAUAGUAUCAUCACACGAUUAUUAGUCACGACCAAGCAGAUGUUGCAGGGUUUGGACCAAUGGUCUCAGGGUAUAAUCACUGAAGAAGAUGUGAGCGAUAUCUAUGUCAGACUAGGAAAUGGGUUUGAACAAUGUGUUGAGGCUUUUCAGAAGGUCGGCUUAGAUACCACAGAACUCAGUAAUAUCCCACAGGAGCUCCGCAUCUGUCUCGAACAAGCUUUGGCGGAAGAUCCUGACCCCCAAACUUUGACGGAAUAUUACCCUCAAAUCCGAAGCAUCAUAUAUGACCUUCUCAACGGUUUGAAGAUCAAGCAAGCCGCUUAUAAACGACUUCUCGCAGAACGGAAUGGGGUGGAUAUAUCUGUCCCUCAAUCAAUCGGACCUCCUAUACUCCCUAUACUCAACCUUCCUUCCAGCACGAGUCUGGACUUUUCUCAUCCCAGUCCACCCAGUGGAAUGCCUGAGGUGCCUCCAGAAACGAGAGCGACACUUGCAGCUUUACAACGAUCAGAUGCGCUCGAAAGACGCGCCAGCAAAAGGUUCUCUUCAUAUACCUUCAACAAGAUGCUCCCCACCACUGAACCGACGAAAAAGGUCGUUGGUAGUCCUCAGAGACCUAUGAGACGUGCUGAUCGUCCUCCACCCAUGCCUGCCUUGCCGGAAGUACUCCGAACGCCAGACUCCGGUGAGAUUGGACAAGAAGCCACUCCUAGACCUGGGGACGGCUUCGCACGUCAGUCGGAUAUGUCUUCACCAUCCCCUCGCAUUUCGGUCUAUUUGCAGAUUGGACGACAGGUCAAGAAAGCAACGUUGGAUCUACCUGUAGACUUGUCGUCUCUGAAAUUGAUGUUCAUGGAGCGAUUCGAGUAUGAUCCGGGUAUGGAGGAUUUUCCAGAUGUUUAUAUCCGUGACCCUCGAACUGGUGUUCAAUUCGAGUUGGAAGAUAUGGACGAGUUGAAAGAGGGCUGUAUUUUGAAUUUAAACAUUGAGCCGCUGGAUCAGGUCAAACAACACUUCGACACCACUGUUGCGACUUUGAUGCAAGAGAUCAAGGAAAUGAGAUCGGCCGUCGAACAAUCAAGUCGAGCGUCUAUAACACCAUCUUCAUCCGCACUGCUGGCCGCACCUACUUCACAACCUGUUAGAUCUUCUCCAUCUCCGACGAAGGCAUCAGACCUUCCAUCCAUAGCUUCUUCUCCGACGGCCGCUGUUCAAUCUCUUCGACGAGAUCUCGCUGUCAUGCGACAAGUCCAUGUUGAUUUUCUCGCCGAUACCAAAGAAUCUUUCUCACGUCUUCGAGCCCAAAAUUCCUCCAUGAGAGAAGUGGUCCGUACCAAAAUGUCUGGUUCCCGUGCUUUACUCGACAAUUCGAAAACCAAAUUGGAAUCACAAUGUCAAGAUGCUAUUCAAGCGGUUGAAGAAGUUCUUGACACUCUUGAUGCCGCUCGAGAAGAUGCUUUACGUCGUUUUGUUUCUCCAUCCAGAGCACAAAUGACUUCUAUUCGAGCCGAUCUUGAUAAAGCCAGUGCGUUGGUAGAACAAGUGACUCGAGAUGUGACAUCAGCGGAUCCCACUUGGAGAGCCACAUGGGCGUUCGAAUUGAACAGAGUCAUGGAAGAACAGAAAUUAUUAAGUUAUCAAAGUAAACUCGCUCAAGAUCUCAAGAAUGAUAUUAAACAAGCUGUUGAUAUGUUACAAAACGUACAGGAUUUCGUUGAUCAAAGAGCUGCCAUGCGUGCUGCAGGAACUACACCAAGUAAAGGUUUCCGACCUCCCUCACCUGAUGAAUCGGGAGGAUUACCAAAUCUCUUGUUAGAGAUCAGAACGAAGGAGAUGGAUCCUAAUCAACGUUUAAAAGCUAUAGAAGCUCAACAAAAGGCUAGAGAGAGGGAAUUGGCCAAUCGCACAGAUGAAUUUUCGUCAGAGUUGCAAGGAUUUGUCAGUGGGAGGAAACUUAAAAAGACGGGAGGAACGGAUGAGGCUGAAAGAGCGAGACAAAGAAGACAGGAACAGACCUUGAAGAGAAUGUUGACGGGUGAACAAGGAGGUGGGAUUUUAACUCCACAAGUGACUGGUGCGAGUGUUAAAUCACCUCCUGCUACGGUCACCGGGGGUAAGAUGGUCAGCUCUUCAACCAGUUUGGCAGGUACACCGAUUAGUCCCACUGCUCCUGUGACCGAGUAA